AUGUCUAUUCCUGGGUUUGGUGGAGAUGAAAAUCCUGUAGAAGAUCUCUCGGAAACCAAUGCCACCACCUUUCACUUGGAAGGUAAGUCCGAGUGGAGGUUUGAGGUUCCUUUCAAGACCAUUUUAAGCCUCAAAGUGACUGAAGGCGUGGGUGAAAUAUUUGGAACCGAACUUCCCCUAAAUGUACCCGUUCAAUUAACGGGGGUUAAGUAUGCCUUAUAUGCUCCUUUACCCGAGGGAUGUACAGUGGAGUACUCUACGCGGAUCAAUAGAGACCAAGCUCCAGGUAGUAGCGACAGUACUGAUAUCAGCGAGUACAUUAGUGAAGACACUCCAAUGAAUCAGUAUAUAAAUUUGCAUAUGGCGCUCGAAAGUUAUCGCCAGGAAACAGCAGACUACAACUAUUUGAAUCCUAGUUCACCGAGGUCAGGACCUAGAGUGCUUAUAUUGGGAAACAGGUCAGCUGGUAAAACGGCCUUGGCGAGAAUAUUGUCAUCGUAUGCUUACAAAAUGGACCACCAUCCAGUGUUGGUGAACCUCAAUCCCCGAGACGGUGUUUUUUCUCUUCCUGGAUCGUUGACUGCAACGCCCAUUAGUGACACUUUUGACUUGGAAAGUGCCAAUGGUUAUGGAGGAACUACAACUUCUGGUUCUGCCGUCCAUAAUCCCAAACAACCAGUGGUGAAAAACUUUGGCUUUCUCUCGCCCACCGAUAACUUGGAGCUCUACAAGUACCAGGUUUCGAAAUUGGGAGUUGUGGUGAUGAGCCGACUCGAAGAGGAUGCUGAUGUUCGAAACAGUGGUGUUAUAAUUGAUACUCCGGCAUUGAACAUCAAGGAUAUCAACGUUAUAGAAAACAUUGUUUCUGAUUUCGAAGUCAAUGUCGUUGUGGUUGUUGACAAUGAACGUUUACUCAUUGAUUUGAGAAAGAAGUUCAAGCACAAAAUUUCCAACUCACAAUUGGCGAUGGUGAAAAUUCCGAAAAGUGGAGGAGUUGUCGAGCUUGACGAUUCGUUUAUUAGGCAAUGCCAGGAAGAGACAAUCAAGGAGUAUUUUAAUGGUGACAGAAAAACGCCGUUAUCUCCAUUCAAGACUGAAGUUGACGUAAAGGACUUUAGGUACUUCAAAGGAGUAUUGAGUCUGGAUUUCAAUCCGAGCCUUUCAUUUUUACCCUCAGGAGAUUCAUACACUACAGACGAUAUGGAUGAAGAUCGAAAGAAAGAUGAAAAUUCUAUGGACAAGUUUUACACGGCUCUUGAGGACCCCGAUGCUUCUAAGCUAGAAAACUUGAUCAUUGCAAUUACCCAAUUACCUCAAAAUAACAAGCAACCAAAAGAUCUCUUGAACACUUGUGUUCUUGGCUACAUUCAUGUUUCUCGGGUUGACGAGGCUCGCGGCAAAAUGAAGGUGCUUUCUCCCAUGGUGGCUGCCAUUCCCAGAAAUAUAUUGCUAGUCACUACAAUUGGCUACACUGAGUAA